AUGGCAGAGAACCUGUCCCAUCCCCCCUGCUGGAGCUUCUCGGCCCUUUUUGACAAAACCAACAAGUUGGAAGAACAAUUGAAGGAGGCCAACGAAGAAAUCGACGAGCUUCGUCGAGACCUCACUCAACAGCAAACCUCAACGGCUCGACUCCAGGACCUCAACAAUAGACUGCAAAAGAAGGAGCAGUUCAUCCAAACCUUGAUAAUGGAAAAACGCGACGUAGAAGAACAACUAGACCAAUCGGACCAAGCCGUAAGGGCCCUUGGCCUCAAAGUUCACGAGGUUACCCAAGAGCGAGACGCACAAAAACGGGACAUCGCCCAAUUGAGAGAACGUACAAGAGACCUCCAACGAGCUUACGAAGCCGUAGAAGACGUCAUCCACCAACGUGACCGGCAGAUUCGAAGGCUCCAAUAA